UUCCUUUCCUUACAUGUAUCUUGGCCAUUUAUGAAGAGGUAAAAAUCAUUAAUUAGCUGGGUUUCAAAAAAAACAAACCAAAUAAUUCUAUUUAAUUCUUAUCAGAGGUUGGUUGAUAAAAACUGUGCAGGCCACAAUGACUUCAGCAAGUAAAGCAAUUGAAUUACAACUACAAGUGAAACAAAAUGCAGAAGAGUUACAAGACUUUAUGAGGGAUUUAGAAAACUGGGAAAAAGAUAUUAAACAAAAGGAUAUGGAACUUAGAAGACAGAAUGGUGUUCCUGAAGAGAAUUUACCUCCUAUUAGAAAUGGGAAUCUUAGGAAAAAGAAGAAAGGCAAAGUUAAAGAGUCAUCUAAAAAAACCAAAGAUGAAAACACAAAAAACAGGAUAAAAUCUUAUGAUUAUGAGGCAUGGGCAAAACUUGAUGUGGACAGUAUCCUUGAUGAGCUUGACAAAGAAGAGAGUACCCAUGAUUCUGUGUCUCAAGAAUCGGAGUCAGAAGAAGAUGGGAUUCAUGUAGAUUCACAAAAGGCUCUUGCUCUAAAAGAAAAGGGCAAUAAAUACUUCAAACAAGGAAAAUAUGAUGAAGCGAUUGAAUGUUACACCAAAGGCAUGGGUGCUGAUCCAUAUAAUCCUGUGUUGCCAACAAACAGAGCAUCAGCAUACUUUAGACUGAAAAAAUUUGCUGUUGCUGAGUCUGAUUGUAAUUUAGCAAUUGCCUUGAAUAGAAGUUAUACAAAGGCUUAUGCAAGACGAGGUGCUGCUCGAUUUGCUUUGCAAAGAUUAGAGGAUGCCAAAAAAGAUUAUGAAAAAGUAUUAGAACUGGAACCCAAUAACUUUGAAGCUACAAAUGAACUCAGAAAAAUUAAUCAGGCUUUAACUUCCAAAGAAAACUCAUAUCCAGAGGAAGAUGAUACAAUGAUUAAGUCAGCUGAAGGAGAGAAAAAACAAAUCGAAGAGCAACAGAGUAAACAGCAGGCCAUUUCAGAGAAAGAUCGGGGGAAUGCAUUUUUCAAAGAGGGGAAAUAUGAAAGAGCAAUCGAAUGCUAUACUCGAGGGAUAGCAGCAGAUGGCGCUAAUGCCCUUCUUCCAGCUAACAGAGCAAUGGCCUAUCUGAAGAUUCAGAAGUAUGAAGAGGCUGAAAAAGACUGCACACAAGCUAUUUUAUUAGAUGGCUCAUAUUCUAAAGCUUUUGCCAGAAGGGGAACUGCAAGAACAUUUUUGGGAAAGCUCAAUGAGGCCAAACAAGAUUUUGAAACUGUUUUACUUCUGGAACCUGGAAAUAAGCAGGCAGUGACUGAACUUUCAAAAAUUAAAAAGGAAUUAAUUGAGAAAGGACACUGGGAUGAUGUCUUUCUUGAUUCUACUCAAAGGCAAAACGUGAUAAAACCCAUUGAUAAUCCGCCUCAUCUUGGAUCAACUGUAAACUUGCUGAAGGCUCAGAUGAUGGUUAGCAAGUAUUUUUUAAUUAAGAAACCACUCAAGAAGCUUAUUAUUGAAGAAACUGGUAAUUUGAUACAGACUGUUGAUGUGCCAGACAGCACUACUACUGCUGCUGCUCCAGAGCGUAAUCCUAUUAAUCCAGCUAAGGAAACAGCAACCACUGGCACAAGUAAGAAGAACUCAAGCCAAGAUGACCUUUUGCCCGCAAGUGAUAUCCCAAAAGCAAAAGUAUUGAAAAUAGAAGAAAUCAGUGAUACGUCAGCUCUGCAACCUGAAGUCAAUUUGAAAAAGGAUGUAUGUCAGUCUUUCAGUGAGAAGAUUUCUAUAGAGGUGGACAAAACACCUGCUCAGUUUAUCAGGACUGCUCUUCCUCCAGUUCCUGCAAACUCAUUUCAACUUGAAUCUGAUUUCAGACAACUGAAGAAUUCCCCAGAUAUGUUGUAUCAAUAUUUGAAGCAAAUUGAACCAUCCUUGUAUCCCAAGCUGUUUCAGAAAAAUCUAGAUCCAGAUGUAUUCAACCAUAUCAUUAAAAUUCUUCAUGACUUUUACAUUGAGAAAGAAAAGCCAUCACUCAUCUUUGAAAUCUUGCAAAGACUUUCUGAACUAAGAAGGUUUGAUAUGGCAGUGAUGUUUAUGUCAGAACCUGAGAAGAAAAUUGCACGUGUAUUAUUCAAUCACAUAGACAAAUCAGGACUGAAUGAUAAUUCUGUUGAAGAACUCAGGAAAAGAUACGGUGGUUGAUUUCCAUUUUUACUGACAUUAUUGCCUUUGGAUUUCAUAUGUAAAUUUUUCCUACUGAAAAUAAAAUGUUUUGCUUUUUAAGGAAAUGAUAUCAUACAGGAAAAGUACUGUUUUUGGACAUAAGCUAAUUAAAUAUAAAGUGAAUUGUGAUUU